UACGUAACGUGACGAAAUAAUAGCGAUCGACAGGUUCGUCGUAAGACUCGGAUCUUCAGGACACGUAAAUAUCUGAAUUAUGACCCAGACAAUUUCCGUAAAAACAACCACAGAUGAAUUCCUUUUAACAGGGAAACCGUGUGAGCUGUCAGGCUAUUUUUUCUUGCCACCUUUAACGAAGUUGCCCCCUCAAAGGACAUUUUAUAACAACGCCAAUGUAAUUCGUGAUAAACUUUCCGCGUGUAGCUAUGAUUCCCAUCAUCUUUCAAGCAAUGAAUUUAACACUAAGGCCCACAGAGGUGACAGAAGAUUUAGCAAGCUGGAGGGCUUGCACAUUGCAGAAGAAGAAAUUUCAAAACAAAUACCGUCUCGCUCUUCAUCAAUAUAUGGCCAUCGUAUUGUUAAUAAUGGUCUUCUGGAAACAGUAGAAAGAAGCCAUGCUAGGACAAACGUUGUCAGGAGUGAAUUUUACCGACAUAAUAAUAUAAAUAUACAGCAAAAAUUUUGACCAUUCCAAAGUCUGGGCUGAAACUGAAGUAGACGUUACCAAAAGUGAUCUCCAUUCUAUUUUGUGAAAAUGUUUAGUUUAAAUAAAAGAUUAUCAAAUGCAUUUUAAUAUA